GGUGCCGCGAUGGCGAGGGGAGAGGUCAAGGCGCGGCCCGUCCGCCUGGAGGGCGCGGGAUGCGAGAGCCGCAGAAGGGUGCCCAGAGCGUGGGUCGCCGCGCCGAAGGCUGAGUCGGGCUUCCAGAGCCCCCGCGCGGACAAGGACGCAGAUCGCAGACAUUUUCCCAUCCUGUGCUUCCCAGCAGAGCGAAGUUUCACAGGGAGAGUGAGUGGGCUCUGCUGGCUGCCCUCCUGCACUGUCUGGAAAUUUCCCACCCUGGGUGGGCUUUGACUGUGCCAAGGCUUGAGGCGAAGUUCCUGGGAGCCGGAGCUGGAAGAGGAGAACGCAUCCUUUUAGGGCUCAUUUAGUCACCAUGAAGCUGCUGCACCCGGCCUUCCACAGCUGCCUCCUGCUGACCCUGCUCGGCUUAUGGACACCCAGUCCCGAGGCUCACGCUUCGUCCCCAGGCACGCCCGCUCUCAGCGCUGCCUCCUUCCUGCAGGAUCUGAUGCGUCGCUAUGGCGAGGGUGACAGUCUCACUCUGCAGCAGCUGAAGGCCCUGCUCAACCACCUGGAUGUGGGGGUGGGCCGGGGUAAUGUCACCCAGCACGUGCAGGGACACAGGAACCUCUCCACGUGCUUUAGUUCUGGAGACCUCUUCGCUGCCCACAAUUUCAGCGAGCAGUCGCGGAUUGGGAGCAGCGAGCUCCAGGAGUUCUGCCCCACCAUCCUCCAGCAGCUGGAUUCCCGGGCCUGCAUUUCAGAGAACCAGGAAAAUGAGGAGAAUGAGCAGACGGAGGAGGGGCGGCCGAGCGCUGUCGAAGUGUGGGGAUACGGUCUCCUCUGCGUGACCGUCAUCUCCCUCUGCUCCCUCAUGGGGGCCAGCGUGGUGCCCUUCAUGAAGAAGACCUUUUACAAGAGGCUGCUGCUCUACUUCAUAGCUCUAGCGAUUGGAACCCUCUACUCCAACGCCCUCUUCCAGCUCAUCCCGGAGGCUUUUGGUUUCAACCCUCUAGAAGAUUAUUAUGUCUCCAAGUCUGCAGUGGUGUUUGGGGGCUUUUAUCUUUUCUUUUUCACAGAGAAGAUCUUGAAGAUUCUUCUUAAGCAGAAAAAUGAGCAUCACCACGGACACAGCCAUUAUGCCUCCGAGACGCUUCCCUCCAAGAAGGACCAGGAAGAGGGGGUGAUGGAGAAGCUGCAGAACGGGGACCUGGACCACAUGAUUCCUCAGCACUGCAACAGCGAGCUGGACGGCAAGGCGCCUGUGGUGGAUGAGAAGGUCGUUGUGGGCUCUCUCUCUGUGCAGGACCUGCAGGCGUCCCAGAGUGCUUGCUACUGGCUGAAAGGUGUCCGCUAUUCUGACAUCGGCACUCUGGCCUGGAUGAUCACGCUGAGCGACGGCCUCCACAAUUUCAUCGACGGCCUGGCCAUCGGUGCCUCCUUCACUGUGUCAGUUUUCCAGGGCAUCAGCACCUCGGUGGCCAUCCUCUGUGAGGAGUUCCCACAUGAGCUGGGAGACUUUGUCAUCCUGCUCAACGCUGGGAUGAGCAUCCAGCAGGCUCUCUUCUUCAACUUCCUUUCUGCCUGCUGCUGCUACCUGGGUUUGGCCUUUGGCAUCCUGGCCGGCAGCCACUUCUCUGCCAACUGGAUUUUUGCGCUGGCUGGAGGAAUGUUCUUGUAUAUUUCUUUGGCUGAUAUGUUCCCUGAGAUGAAUGAGGUCUGCCAAGAGGAUGAAAGGAAGGGCAGCAUCUUGAUUCCCUUUGUCAUCCAGAACCUGGGCCUCUUGACUGGAUUCACCAUCAUGUUGGUCCUCACCAUGUAUUCAGGACAGAUCCAGAUUGGGUAGGGCCCUGCCAAGAGCCUGUGGGACCGGAAGUCGGGCCCUGGGCUGCCCGAUCCCCAGCCCGAGGACUCAGCGUCCCAAAAGCACCACAGAAGAGGCCGUUCCAUUUGAAACUGACACAGACUGUAUUCCUGCAUUCAAAUGUCAGCCGUCUGUAAAUGCUCGAUCCUAGGAAUAAGCUGCCCUGGUAACCAGCCUCUAGCUAGUGCCUCUUGCCCUCUCCUCACCUCCUUUUCUCUCAGUGACUCUGGAACCUGAAUGCAGCUUGUAAGACAAGCCUGA